CUGCAGCUGCACCCGCGACAUGCCAGGCCCCAUCUCCGAGCUGCCGCUCCCGCUGUCGCUGCCCGCCUCACAGGAGCGGGGCGCCGAGCCGCGGCCGCACGGGGAGCUGCAGUACCUGGGGCAGAUUGAGCACAUCCUCCGUUGUGGCUUCCGAAAGGAUGACCGCACCGGCACCGGCACCCUGUCGGUGUUCGGCAUGCAGGCGCGCUACAGCCUGAGAGAUGAAUUUCCUCUGCUGACAACCAAACGUGUGUUCUGGAAGGGUAUUUUGGAGGAGUUGCUGUGGUUUAUCAAGGGAUCCACAAAUGCUAAAGAACUGUCAUCCAGGGGAGUGAAAAUCUGGGAUGCCAAUGGGUCUCGUGACUUCCUGGAUGGCCUUGGAUUCUCUAGCAGAAAAGAAGGGGAUUUAGGCCCAGUUUAUGGCUUUCAGUGGAGGCAUUUUGGGGCAGAAUACAAAGAUAUGGAUUCAGAUUAUUCAGGUCAAGGAGUGGACCAACUGCAAAAGGUGAUUGACAUGAUCAAAACCAACCCUAACGACAGAAGAAUCAUCCUGUGUGCUUGGAAUCCAAAAGAUCUUCCUUUCAUGGCCCUGCCUCCCUGCCAUGCCCUCUGCCAGUUCUACGUGGUGAAUGGGGAGCUGUCCUGCCAGCUAUACCAGAGGUCAGCAGACAUGGGCCUGGGCGUGCCCUUCAACAUCGCCAGCUACUCCCUGCUCACCUACAUGAUCGCACACAUCACGGGCCUAAAGCCAGGUGACUUUGUGCACACUUUGGGAGAUGCACACAUUUACCUGAAUCAUAUUGAGCCGCUGAAAAUGCAGCUUCAGCGAGAACCAAGACCUUUCCCAAAGCUCAAAAUCCUUCGAAAAGUUGAGGCAAUUGAUGACUUCAGAGCUGAAGACUUUCAGAUUGAAGGAUACCAUCCCCACCCGACUAUUAAAAUGGAAAUGGCCGUUUAGAGUGCUUUUAAAGGAGUUGUUUGAAGGAUACUGUCAAUCUUCUUAAGGGUUGUUAGUUUAGAUGCUUACAUGAACGUUCUUUUUGCUCUAGAGUAAGAAGGAAGUAGGUCAAAAAUCAGUUGCUAACCCGUCAGUUAUUAUUCAUUAACUUAAGGCUGUUGCCACUGGCGAAUAUAACUGUGCUGGUUCUCUUGGUAAUAAAAGGCCCUGAGCUUGAGUAACAACUCAAUGAGAGUAUAUGGCAAUGCUGAGAUCUAAUAAAGUGAGAAGAGUAAAAAUGUAUAUAUGCUUAACAAAAAACAUGUGCAUUCAUUUCAAUCCCAUGUUUGUAUAAAGGUUAAUGAAUUUCAAGAAUUAAAGCUCUUCCGUCAAAUUUGAGCAAGCUGAAUAACAUCAGUUAUGAUAAUGUAUAGUUGGUAUGGUUAUAAACAUACAGAAUUUUGUUUUACAUAUUGUUAUAAUAAAGAAGCAUUCUGCAUU